AUGUCCCUCUUCGGCUCGUCGCCACCGGCGGAUUCUCCGUCCAACACCUCUGCUGCGCCCUCGCGAUCUCUAUUCGACGAAGAGCCCAUGUCCAAGUCCGCUUCCAACUCGCUAUUCACCGACGACGACUUCGCCGGAGCCGAGUCCUCGCCCUGGGACAUGCCUACCCCGAGGAAGAAGCAGUCUCGCGCCGACGUCGUCCGCAACCUGCUGUCCGCUUCCGACGUGCCCGACGCCUACAUUGAGACCUUUGACACCGUCGUACGCGACGAUGGAGCUGGAGGGCGUGUCACCGCCGGCGGUGUGGCCAAGCUAUUUGCAGCCGCGCGCCUGGGGGCGGACCACCAGGCGCAGAUCAUGUCCAUGGUUGUGCCCGCUGCAGGUGGCGACAUCACCGUCGCCCGCGGCGAGUUCAACGUCCUCCUCGCCCUCAUCGCCCUUGCCCAGGAGGGCGAGACCAUCAGCCUCGACACCGUCGACGAACGACGCAGGAAUCUCCCACUCCCCAAGCUCGCCGGCCUGACUGCUGCUCCCGUGAUGCCUCCCGUCUCAGAGCUUGCUGUCAACCCUCCCCAAGCUCCCGCAACCCCCGUCCAAGAAUCUUCAUCGCCGCCACCGCCGCCUCAGCCGAGCAGCCUGCGCCGACCUCCAAUGGACUUUCCCGAACCCGAAGACCCGUGGAACUCACCCGACGUACACAAGGGUCAUGCCCACGCCAUCGCCGCCUCUCCCAGCAGGACCAAUGGCGCCAGUCCACAGCACCCUGCGCUAAACGCCAAUGGUAACGGCAAUAGCAACGGCAACGGGAACGGCAACGGCAAUGGCGAUUACAGCACGUCACCAGGCACAGCCAUUGCCGGUCGGACCAUGUCUUCUUACACAACUGCCACCGCUGGCUCCGAUACGGGUUCUGGGCGUCAUGCUGUGAUCAGUGGCACGUCGCCGGGCGGCGGCUGGGGCGGCUACUUCGACGGCAGCACCCAGGGCGGCGGAUUCAAUGAACCCGUCCCCAAUCAGAUCACAAGCCCCUUCGGCAGCACGGGUGGCGGACGCGACGCGACCGGAAGCUCCGCAGCCGUGCCGCCUUUGCGGCCUGCCGUCAGCGGCCGAUCAGGAGGCCCCGUGGAGGAGAACAUUGUCGUCACUCUGCUGCCUGAGAAGGAGGGCCUUUUCAUGUUCCAGCACCACAACUACGAGGUUUCGAGUAUUCGACGGGGCAGCAAGGUCAUCAGACGGUACAGCGACUUCGUAUGGCUUUUGGAUUGUCUGCACAAGCGCUAUCCUUUCAGGGCGCUGCCUCUGUUGCCGCCCAAGCGCGUCGCUGGUGAGUUUGGCGCGCGCCGCAUUUCACUAUUUUUGCUAACGGCAGAAGUCAACGGUAACCAUUUCUCCAACGACGGCGCCUUCAUCGAGAAGCGCCGCAGAGGCCUGGCAAGAUUUCUAAACGCCCUCGUUCGGCAUCCCAUCCUUGGCCAGGAACAGCUCAUCAUCAUGUUCCUUACCGUGCCAACUGAACUGGCCGUAUGGCGCAAGCAGGCCACCAUUUCCGUCCAAGACGAGUUUCAGGGUCGUGUCUUGCCACCUGGGCUGGAGGACUCGUUGCCCCCUACCCUCGAGGCCCUCUUCGACAAGACACGGUCCGGUAUUCGGCGGUCGGCGGAGCUUUACAUUAACAUUUGCAACGUUAUGGACCGUUUGGUGAAGCGUAGCGAGGGUGUUGCUGCCGACCAUGCCCGCAUUGCCAUGUCCCUUACUUCGUUGACGGAAACGAGCGCCGAUACCUACGCGAGCGACACCAACGAAGUGCCUCUGCUCAACGACGGUCUGACAUCCAUGAGCAGGCACCUGAGAACGUGCCAGACCCUGUUGGAAGACGAAAGCAAGGCGUGGGAUGAGGGAGUGCUGGAGGAUCUCAAGCGCCAGCGUGAUGCUCUCGUCAGUAUCCGCGACUUGUUUGAUCGCAGGGAACGUCUUGACAAGGACAACAUUCCCUACCUCGAGCGGAGGAUCCAGACCAACGAGACGAAGCUGGCGAACCUCCGUAGCAAGCCUGAGGGCAUGGUCAAGCCAGGCGAGAUUGAGAAGGUGGUUGACGCGAUUAUCAAGGAUAAAGAGUCCAUCGUCAACCAGCACAACCGAUCCAUCUUCGUCAAGGAAUGCAUCCGCGACGAGCUCAUCUACUUCCAGCAUACGCAAUUCCACGUCUCGCGCUGGAAUCAGGACUGGGCUCAGGAGCGCGUCAAGUACUCCGAGAUGUUGGCCGACAAUUGGCGCCGUCUCCUUGACGAGCUUGAGGGCAUGCCCCUCGGCGACUAA